GUCAGUUGCAAAGGAGAGCUUUCUCCCAGAGAAAAAGAAGAUAAUGUGACGCCGCCCCCAGAGACUCACCUGAGAAUAGUGGGAGGAAAUAAUGAGAGUGAGGGGAGAGUGGAGAUCUUGUUCAACGGUACAUGGGGCACCAUCUGUGACGACUCCUGGGACAUCAGGGACGCCGAGGUUGUAUGUCGAAAUCUGGGCUUUGACUCUGCAACUGAGGCCCUCUCCAACGGAUACUUUGGACCUGGUGGGUUUAGCCAGCCCAUCUGGUUGGAUGACGUCCAGUGUUUCGGGACAGAGUACAACCUCACCUCCUGUCUCACCUCUCGCUUUGGAGAUACCAGUCACUGCUCCCACUAUGACGAUGCUGGAGUACGAUGUCACUUGGCAAUUAGUGGUCCGAGGGUCCGACUGGUGAACGGUACUACGGCAGGCGAGGGUCGCGUGGAGGUGUUCCACGAGGGACUGUGGGGCACAGUGUGUGACGACCACUGGAGUGAGAUCGAUGCCAACGUUGUCUGCCGGGAGCUCGGCUUUGUCAGAGCUCUGAGUGCUCCACACAGAUCAAUAUACGGAGCAGGAAGUGGAAGAAUAUGGUUGGAUAAUGUGCGGUGUGAUGGAACAGAACCGACAAUAUUCAACUGCUCUCGCUCUGACUGGGGUCACACACACUGUGACCAUUCCAAAGAUGCCUCAGCUGUCUGUACAGCUGUACCAGACAACCCCUACCCAGUCCAACUAAUUGACGGCUCCUCAGCCAACGAGGGUCGGCUCCAGAUCUACUACAACAACCAGUGGGGGACCGUGUGUGACGACCGUUGGACUCUCAGUGAUGCUAACGUUGUCUGCAAGUCUCUCGGUUUCCCAGGAGCCGAUUCCAAUGACUUCUUACACGAUUUUGGAGCAGGGUCAGGGCACAUCUGGCUGGACAACGUUGUCUGUGCUGGUACGGAGAUGUUCAUCCAGGACUGUGCCCACAAUGACUUUGGAGAGAACAACUGUCAGCAUUCUGCAGACGUAGGCGUGCGAUGCCUCCCUAAUACCCUCGAGGUUCGUCUAGUAGAUGGUGACAACUCGUCGUCAGGGAGAGUGGAGGUCAACUAUGACAACCAGGGAUGGGGCACCGUCUGUGAUGACCACUGGGGUCUUCAUGAUGCUGACGUUGUGUGUCGGAUGUCGGGACAUGAAUCGGCUCAGUCGGCUCCCAGAGGAAGCUUCUUCGGAGGUGGAGUCGGGGUCAUUUGGUUCGAUGACUUCAUAUGUACUGGACACGAGGAGUCCCUCCUCGACUGCUCCCACAGUGGGGUCAAGGUUCACGACUGUAAUCACAGAGAAGAUGCCAGUGCUGUGUGCUCUGAUUUUGCAGUGUGCCGUAACUUUUCUUGGGAUCAUGGACAAUUCAGAGUUAGUAACCAACAGUUUGAUCGAUACACAGAGGGCACUCGGGUGGACAUCACCUGUGACAACGGGUACCAUCCAACGCUCUCUGUUAGCUAUGCCAUAUGUGCUGCAAAUGGACAGUGGACUCCACACACUCCGGCCUGCUCAGUCAGUUGUCCCACUCUUCGAAGUCCUAAUCAUGGUCGUCUGAGUACUACGGACACUGACCCAAGUGUUAGUGUUCGUGUUGUCUGCGACAAUGGCUACACCUUCGAUGAAACCACCGGCGAUCCCAGCACGGUGUGUCGUCUGACUGGGUCGUGGAGCUCUACUCUUGGUGGCUGCAAGGAAGAGGUGUGUCCACCGUACUCUCAGAAUAUCAGCAGAAAUCUUCUAGUGUAUGUGGAACAAGGUGGAGGAACUGCAAUAGGAACGGUCCUGAGGUUCAGCUGUCUAGGAAACUAUCAUAUUCACGGAGAGUACACUGUUACCUGUCUGAGCCCGGGAGUGUGGAGUGGACCGUUCCCCUACUGUGUUCCUGGAGAAAAUGAAAGGUGUCCAGCUCUCCCCACUCCGACUAAUGGGAGACUAAGUAGCUCAAACAAUACUGGAGGCACCACAGUCCGUGUUGUGUGUAAUGUUGGCUUCACCUUUGACCCCACGACUGGAGGAGAUCCCAGUGUAACAUGUGGUUCUGAUGGACAGUGGAAUUCUACUCUGGGAGGAUGCAAACAAGUUAUCUGCCCACCGUACUCCCAAAAUGUCAGCGCAAACGUUCGAGUGUCAGUGGUUACUGGACGAGGAACUACACUUGGGACUGUGCUUGCCUUUACCUGCUCCGGAGACAACCGCAUUCGUGGAGACGGAGUAAUCUCUUGUCUCAGUAGCGGAGUCUGGAACGGGACUGUUCCAGACUGUGUCUGUUGCAGGCCGCGAGUGUCAUGUUCCACCCUGAGUGUGUCACCUCCACUCCGUGCCAACACUACGAGUGUGACUGAGGGUACGGUGGUGGGGUUCACAUGUGACUCAGGCUAUCGUCUGACAGGACACGGUCACCUUGACUGUGAGACUUCUGGCCACUGGAGUGCUGGUAUUCCUACCUGUCUCAAAGUGACCUGUCCUGGGCUGACUACUCCAGCUAACGGGAGACUCAGUACUGGUAGUACCAGUGCUGGGACCACGGUGUUUGUCGACUGUGAUCAAGGCUACAUGUUUGAUCCAAAUACUGGACACAAUAUCACAUUAUGCCGUUCUGACGGAACAUGGAACGCCACUCUGGGGAGCUGCACUAGUGUGAGCUGUGUGGCACUCCCUCCUCCACCCAAUGGUAAACUCAGCUCCUCAGACACCAGACCAGGGACCACAGUGCAAGUCAACUGUGAUGAUGGCUAUGUCUUUGAUCCCACAACUGGAGGUAUAAGUGUGGUUUGCCGUGUCGGUGGUUCAUGGAACUCAAGCCUAGGUGGAUGCAAGCAAGCAAAAUGUCCAGAGCUUUCCAAACCAGCCCACGGCAGUCUCAGCACGCCAACCACUACUGCUGGCACCAAAGUCAGUACGGAAUGCGACGAUGGCUACACAUUUGACUCCAGCACUGGAGACAUUGCUGUUGUGUGUCGCUCUAAUCAGACGUGGAGUUCAACCCUUGGAGGAUGCAAGGAAGUGACCUGUCCUGGGCUGACUACUCCAGCUAACGGGAGACUCAGUACUGGUAGUACCAGUGCUGGGACCACGGUGUUCGUCGACUGUGAUCAAGGCUACAUUUUUGAUCCAAAUACUGGACACAAUAUCACAUUGUGCCGCUCUGACGGAACAUGGAACGCCACUCUGGGGAGCUGCACUAGUGUGAGCUGUGUGGCGCUUUCUACUCCACCCAAUGGUAGACUCAGUUCCUCAGACACCAGACCAGGGACCACAGUGCAAGUCAACUGUGAUGAUGGCUAUGUCUUUGAUCCCACAACUGGAGGUAUAAGUGUGGUUUGCCGUGUCGGUGGUUUAUGGAACUCAAGCCUAGGUGGAUGCAAGCAAGCAAAAUGUCCAGAGCUUUCCAAACCAGCCCACGGCAGUCUCAGCACGCCAACCACUACUGCUGGCACCAAAGUCAGUACGGAAUGCGACGAUGGCUACACCUUUGACUCCAGCACUGGAGACAUUGCUGUUGUGUGUCGCUCUAAUCAGACGUGGAGUUCAACCCUUGGAGGAUGCAAGGAAGUCAACUGCCUGAAGAUGAAUCUCCCCGACAAUGUCAACGGUGACUCCAAUGAGACGUCUCAGAAAACGGUCGUCUCUUUCUCUUGCAAUGACGGCUACACUCUGAGUGGGCCCAGCAGUAAGCUGUGCACCAGUUCUGGAGUCUGGAAUAACACUCAUGUCCCAAGUUGUGUUGCUGAUGCCAACAGCAAAGGUUCACUGAAUGUGGGAGCAGUUGCUGGUGGGGCAGCUGGAGCACUGGUGGUGGUUGUUCUGAUUGUCCUUGCCAUUGCCCUCAUCUGCUGGAAACUCUCAUCGCGAUACAACAAACGCUCAGGCUAUAGCAACCUGAGGCGGAGGCAACCAGGAGAGGUGGUGCACCUCUUCAGAGAUGAAGAUGAAGAUGCUGAAGAGCCUCUUUACAGCACAAACCAAACCGACGAAGGUCCUUUUGAACUCUGACGCUGAGUGUUUAACAUUCAGCUUGCCAUUAUACGUGACUAUUGCCCCAAUUUAAUAAUCACUCCAUGUCAUUUUGCUAUCAACAAUAACCAUGUGCUUUCGUGCUUGGUAUAUAUACCAGUGUGUUUUUGUAUAAUAAGCACUGUACAUAUAAUAAUGUAUAAAUAUGUGACUCUAAAAUACGUACGUGUAAAAACAUAUGCGAAAUAUUGCUUUGCUCGCAAAAAAUGUGUUGCUUUCUUCCAUGGGCCAUGUCGACCAAGUAUUCAAUUAUGCCUAUAAUAAGGAGAAAGUUCCCCCUAUAUGUAAUAUAUUGUGGGAAGAAAAACAACAGGGAAACAGCAGCUGGACAUAA